AUGCCAUCGACAAUCAGUCAUGUGUCGCCCUACCAUCCGAACGAGUACGUUCAAACCGCUUUGACGGGCAACAAGGUAUCGCGCAAGGCCACCAUUCUGGGCUCACAGAACAUCAUUCUUGGCGGAAAGUGUAUCAUUCAGCACGGAGCAAUUAUUCGAGGUGAUCUGAAGAGGAUAUCUCCUUCUUCGACCUCUUCAACAGCAGUAGGGAGUCAAACGCAGCCGGCGCAAUCUGUGGCCAUUUUUAUAGGCAGAUACUGUAUAUUGGCCGAGUCUAGCGUGAUACGUCCUCCAUACAAGACAUACAAAGGUAUCUUUUCUUACUACCCGAUGAAAAUGGGCGACCACGUUUCAGUGGGAGCUAACACAGUGUUGGAAGCUGCAUCAGUUGGGUCGCACGUCGAGAUUGGAGCCAAUUGUCUCGUUGGCCGAUUUGUAAUUAUCAAGGAUUGCGCUCGAAUCCUGGACGGCAGCGUUGUCGCCCCAAACACGGUGAUACCCUCCUUUUCUAUAUUCGGGGGCAGUCCUGCAAGACUGGUGGGAGAGCUCCCCGAGACUUUCUCCGAGAGCUGCGAGGCCAAGAUGAAGCACUUCUACCAACGUUUUCGACCUGCAAACGAGAGAUGA